AUAAGCAGAUGUGGCCGUCCCUUUCUCUCCCCCAUAAUCAACACUCCCCGAAUUUCUCUCUUACACAAACUGAAACUUUUCCUCCUAGUUUUCGAUCAUCCUAGAGAAUAAAAAACAAAAAAAAUAGUAAAAAACAAUAUAGAAUCCCAUAAAUAUAUAUCUAAGUUCCUAGCUAUAGUAAUGAAUGAAAAGCAAGAAGGAAGAAGUGGUCGUUGGCUACAACAGCGGCCUCAGCCAUGAAGGAUCGCGGUAAGAAACAACGCGACGUCGUUUCGUGGAGCGGCUUCUUCUGGUGCACCCUCAUCGUUGUCUUCUCUUGUGUCCUCUUCACCGGUUUCACCUUCUCCACUUUUCAUCUACUCUUUGGCGGUAACGAAAAGUUUCAGCCAGUAUUUGUCUUCAGAUGGCAAGUUCCGUCGAGGGAGUCCAUCUCCGGCGAAGCUCCGGUGACUCCUUCCAUUUCAAUUCGAGAAACAGUUUUGCUUCCAGAUCAGGCUCUUCUUUUCCUGAAUUACCCUCCAUCAACUCGGUUAUUUACGAAAGAGGACCUCGACUGCGUUUAUUUCUCUGCCAACUCAUCGCUCAAGCAGGAGCCAUUGUACGUGGACGGUGAUGAUCGAGAUAGCCAGAUCGUACGGUGUCCGCUUCAUCCACGUGGCUUCACGGUCUCCCUUGCCUUGAAAUCUGACGGUGAGAAUAUCACAGCCGGGCCAACACAUAGUUGGGACUCGCUUGUGUACGAGGCUAUGAUAGACCGAGACAACACCACGAUUGUGUUCGUGAAAGGCCUUAAUCUACGGGCCGAGAAAAUCUCAAACUCUUCGAAGUUCGAGUGCGUGUACGGCUGGGAUUUCACGAGACCGAGGCAUUUGUUAAGGACCAACGUCGUAUCGAUUGCUCAGGAGAUCGUACGGUGCAAAACCCCUCUCAGUGUUUUGAGUAGUCCACGUAGGAUGAUGGGCAACAAUUCUGUGAAGGUCUCAAUUAGAGUGAAAGGUAGAGGAAUAUUCCACUCUAUAGCCCGGGUGGGGCUCCGUUCGGUUCGACCUGACCCGCCCGUCCGAAAAGAGUACGAGAUGUGUGUGUGCACCAUGUUGCGCAAUCAGGCUAGGUUCUUAAAAGAAUGGGUCAUGUACCAUGCUGCAAUUGGGGUACAACGUUGGUUUAUCUAUGAUAACAAUAGUGAUGACAACAUUGAUGAAGUGCUAGAGUGGUUGUCCAAUGCCAAUUACAACAUUACAAUGCACAUUUGGCCUUGGAUCAAGACCCAAGAGGCUGGUUUUGCUCAUUGUGCGUUAAGGGCAAGGGACUUUUGUGAAUGGGUUGGGUUUAUUGAUGUGGAUGAGUUCCUUUAUUUGCCAUCAACUUUGGGAUUACAUGAUGUGCUUCAAAAUCAAUCAAGGUAUGGUUAUGUGGGUGAGAUGCGUACCUCUUGUUAUAGUUUUGGGCCGUCGGGGCUUACACGUGUUCCUCCGCAAGGGGUGACGGUUGGGUACACAUGUCGAGUGGGGGUGGUGGAGAGGCACAAGAGCAUAGUGAGGCCUGAGGCAUUGAAUUCUACGUUGAUCAAUGUGGUGCACCAUUUUCAUCUUAGGCAUGGUUUUGAGUAUGUGAAUGUGGACAAGGGAGUAUUGAUAAUUAAUCACUAUAAGUACCAAGUGUGGGAAGUGUUCAAGGAGAAAUUCUAUAGGAGAGUGGCUACUUAUGUGGCUGAUUGGCAGAAUGACCAAAAUGCAGGGUCUAAGGAUCGAGCCCCUGGUUUGGGAACUAGAGCUGUUGAACCCCAAGAUUGGUCUACUCGGUUUUGUGAGGUCUAUGACGCUGGCCUUAGAGAUGAGGUCUUGAGAAUCUUUGCAAAGCCUGAAUCCCAAAUUCUGCCUUGGCAAGGGGAGCAUGAGGAACACGAGCAACACUUGAGAACGAGGACAAAAGGAAAACAUAAAGGGUUUUUUUAUGAUUAUGUGAGAUAAAUUAUUUGUCAACUUUUAGCUUU